AGAGAGAGAGGGAGAGAGAGAGAGAGAGACACGCAAUCACAGUAACACUUCGCACUCUUUCGUCUUCUCCAAUCUCCACCGAAGAAGAAAACAGGAGUAGCUUGCCCAGUCAAAGACAUGGAUUCCUUUAUCUAUUAAUGGUGGCACUCUACAGUCCACACAUACCAUGGGAAGCAAGCAUUCAAAGGGGACAACGUCCAUAAGUGCUGCUUCAACCUCGAGUCAUCGCAUUCCUAUUGAAAAUUAUCAAGUUCCUUUUGCAGCUUUGCAGGAAGCAACUAACGACUUUGAUGAGAGUUUGGUCAUUGGAAAAGGUGGCUUUGGAAAUGUUUACAGGGGUGUUUUGUGUGAUGGCACAAAGGUGGCCCUGAAAAGGCUUAAUUCUAAGUCCCAACAAGGUCUUGCAGAGUUCCGAACAGAAAUUGAGAUGCUCUCUCGGUUCCGCCAUCCACAUCUGGUUUCAUUGAUUGGAUAUUGUGAUGAAAACAACGAGAGGAUUCUAGUUUUUGAGUACAUGGAGAAUGGGACCCUCAAGAGUCAUUUGUAUGGGUCAGAUCUACCCAGUAUGGGCUGGGAGCAGAGGCUGGAGAUAUGCAUCGGGGCAGCCAGAGGUCUGCACUACCUUCAUACUGGCCAUGCCAGUGCAGCUAUACAUCGUGAUGUCAAGUCCGCAAACAUAUUGCUUGAUGAGAAUUUAGUGGCAAAAGUUACUGAUUUUGGACUAUCCAAGACAGGGCUUGAGCUUAAUCAAACCCAUACUAGCACAGUCGUGAAAGGAACUUUUGGCUACCUUGAUCCUGAAUAUUUUAGAAGGCAACAGCUGACAGAAAAAUCUGAUGUUUAUUCUUUCGGUGUUGUUUUAUUAGAAGUUCUUUGUGCUAGGACUGUCAUAGCUCCAUCUCUUCCGAGGGAGAUGGUCAACUUAGCUGAAUGGGCAAUGAAGUGGCAGAAGAAAGGACAACUGGAACAAAUCAUAGAUCCCAAACUUGUGGGCAAAAUAAGACCAGAUUCCCUCAGGAAGUUUGGAGAAACAGCAGAGAAAUGCUUAGCUGAGUUUGGUCAAGAUAGGCCAUCCAUGGGUGAUGUGCUGUGGAGUCUGGAGUAUGCACUUCAUCUCCAAGAGUCUACCAUUCAUGAUAUUCCUGAAGAAAACAGUACCAUCCCUGUUGGCGAGCUCUCUCCGCAAGUCAAUGAUUUCAGUCAUAUUAAUGCCAGUGCUUCUGCUUCUCAUAUCUGGAUGAUCUCAUCAAAUUCGGAUGAUCUCUCGAUGAUGAGUAGGGCUUUCUCGCAAUUGGUUAAGUCCUACGGUAGAUAACUAAGUGAAAAUGGUACAUACCGUCCUUAGGUGUUUGUUAAUUCCACUUCUGUUCAUGUAUCAUAUGAAGAUUGAUUUUUUUGUUUUCAUAACAGUUUAUUCUACGAGUUUCUGUAGAUCCUCCUUUCAUUUUAUUGGGUGUGUCCGGUUGUUUUGUUGUUG